AUGAGCCCUCCGCAUACUCUUCUGUGGUUUGUUGCCGCCUCAAUCGCGGUAGCUUCCGCCAAUGUCGCCCCUCGCGCUCCGGAUGCUUGCGCCGCCAUUGGUGGGAGGAAGUGGGUGUCGCCCCGAGAAGUAAGAGCUUGCUAUAGCUCUUUCAAGGUUGUUGAGGCGGAGAAAGCCAACAUCAUAGACGUGAUCUCCAAAAUGGCCGCCUUCCACACCUCGACCAACUACCAGAUCAGAGCUCCAGAACCUUUCGCCUCAGAAGUCCACGAAGACCUGCUUGGUUCUCUGGAGAGAAUCAAGAACCAGAGAUAUGCCUCGGAUUACGAGCUGCAUAUCGAUUUUUCGAGAACUCUGAAACGUUUGAACGACGGACACAUCGCCUGGGUCAACAAUUGCUACGAUUCCCUUUUCGUCAACUAUCUCCCGACCCCAUUGAGCUUGAUAACCGAUGCGAAGGGCAUUCAGAACGUUCAUAUUGCGUACGAAGCCUUCGACGUCGCCUCGGCAGAAUUCCCAGACCAGAUCGACUUCUGGCAGAAUGCUCUUCCCGGAAAUCUUAAGGGCAAUCUGAAAUCGCUUUCUGGCGCCAAGGUCUUGCUAAUCAACGGACGGCCACCUUUCGACGCGGUCCACGCGAAUGCUCUCAUUACUGGCAGUUACCAGUCCUACGCAACUCGUCAGAAUUCAUUCUUUUCGAGCUAUCGGCGGACCGCUGGCGAAUGGAGUUACAUUUUGGGAAACUUUGCCCAACAAUCCCUUCCGUUGGACGACUUCGCGGUCUUGACAAUCCAGCGUGUCAAUCAGACCCUUCCAGAGACUAUCAUCCUGCCUUACCGUUCGAGGAUUGGUACUACCGCAAAGGCUUUCACAGAUACCGCGUCCUGGCGCUCUAACAACUGCGUCGCGGUUGAUGGCACCAACGGAAUCGACGCGUACUCCGAGAGCCUACCAGCAGACGCGCCUGUGGCCAAGUUCCUGCAGCAGCCGCCCCUCCCACUUGACACCGAACGCAAACACGGUCUGAACGUCCUGCUGGACGCUGCACCUUGGCUCGACGUCACCCUUCCACCAACCCUGCAGCCUGGGCUAGUCGCUGUCAAUGGGAGCUACAAUUCAGCCCAAUUCUAUCUGGCGAAGGACGGGAAGACGGGCGUUCUGGCACUUGGCAGCUUCUCUGAUACUCAAUAUUUCACCUUUUUGAGGACGUUAUUGGAAGGUCUGCAAUCUUUGAAGGCAUUGGGAGCUACACAGCUUAUCGUUGACGUGACCAAUAAUGGGGGAGGGUUUAUCUGCGCAGCUCAUUGGCUCCACCGUAUCAUUGCAGGUCCCAAAUCGACAACAGUGCCGCAAGCUGGAUUGGACACGAAAGCCCGAGCUGGUCCCUUGGCUCGAACUAUUGUCGAUGAGAUCAUCUCGAAGAAUAAGGACCCAAUAGUCCAGCUUCUUUACAAUCCACUCAACUGGAGAGACGCUAGUAACACUCCCUUUACCGCUGAUGCGGAUUGGCUUGAACCCAUUGUGCCGCUAACAAUCAACGGCCGCGAGGACGCGUUCAGUCCAAGGCUUGGAAACGAAUGUCAACCUGAAGGCUUCCCCGGCGACGCACCGAGCGAAGCACUCUUCGACCCUAAGAAAGUUGUUAUCGUCUCGAAUGGCAGAUGCGGAAGCUCAUGCUCUCUGUUCAGUAUCUCCAUGUCCAAGUACGAGGGCACGAAAACCGUCGUCGUUGGCGGAAAGAGCGACGUUCAACAGAUCUAUUGCGGCGUAGUUGGUGGUCAAUCGACGAACUUCGUUACGAUCGAUACCGAAAUUAAAACCACCGGGUUGAAGAACAACACGCUUGCUCCACCUGACCUGAUCGUCAAUGGGGUUAUGGGUAUCACUUGGAGGCUGGCUUACGGCGUCGACGAACCAAAUGAACCUGCAGAGUGGCAGUACUUCCCAGCCGACCUUAACCUACCCGUUACCCCCGCUCUUGCGAACAACCCUGUCGCAAUUUGGGAGGAGGUUGCGCGAAGACUGCUAUGA